AUGGAUAGAGCCUGGGUCUACCUGGUGACAGGAGGAUGUGGUUUUAUUGGGGAGAAGAUUGUAGAGGUCCUGUCUCAACAAGACUACAUCAAAGAAGUCAGAGUCUUUGGUUCAGUAGCAAGAGAAAUAGAAAAAUUCACCACAGCUACCACUCACGUGACAAUGACAAAAGGAGAAAUUUGAGACGACAUUCUGCUCCUUGCUGCCAUGCGGGGAUUUCACGUGGUUAUUCACACAGCUGCUGUUGUGGGCUAUAGAAACACUGUGCCCUUUUGGGAAAUAAGAGCUGUCAACGUUGGGGGUACUGAAAAUGUGUUAAGGGCCUGCUGUAUCCUGAACAUCCUGUAUGUUGUCCACACAAGCUCCAUUGCUGCAGUGGGACCAAAUACCUUGCAUGAGCCCAUGUUCAGAGGAAAUGAGGACACCAAAUACAGUGUAAAAGUGGAGCUGCCUUAUGGGAAGACAAAGACCGUGGCAGAAAAACCUGCAUUAGAAGCCAAUGGAAAAAAGCUGAGCAACGGUGGUAAACUCACAACCUGUAUCAUCUGUGCAAACACAGAGUAUGGAGAGAAAGCAACGUUUCUUCAGGAGUUGUAUUUGCUUGCCAAAGCCAGGAAUAAUGUGUUGAACUACCUGGAGCCUGAAAACACAGAGCAUAAUUACACAUAUGUGGGGAACGUUGCAUGGAUGCAUGUUCUUGCAGCAAGGAACUUGCAGUUGAAACCAGAUUUACUCGCAGAACAAGUGUGUUAUUCCUAUGAUGACACUCCAACAAGGAAAGGUUUUCUGAUCAGGCAUCAGCUGUUGUCCUCUGUGGACCCCUCAGUCAGACUAGGCUCACACAUCCCUUACUGGAAGAUGUGGUUAGUGAUGUAAUUGCACAGGAUGAUCAGGGUCAUUCUGUACCCUAUCUGGAAGCCACAGCCUUUCCAAAACUUGUCUUUACUGAACGCUGUAGUCACCACCUCCUCCUAUGAGACAGACAAAGCCUCCAGGUAUUUUGGGUACAAACCUCUCUUCACAUGGAAAGAAAGCAAGCACAGAACAGCACAGUGGUUGGAAGCAGCUGCAGGGAACCUGGAACGACCCCAGCUUCAUGAAAAGAACAACUAA